UUCGCACCCCGCGCGUCAAGACGUGCGGUCGCGUCGCGUUGUGUUAGUCGUUAUUGAACGCGUGGAAUUGAGCCAAUUCGUCUAUUUACGGAUCGCGGAAAACAAUACAAGAUGAAUACGGGUUGGUUAGUGUGGGAAUGCCUCGUGUUUGGAUUGUUUGUGUGUGCAACAUCAUGCGCACCACUCUGGAGGAGAAAGAGGGAUGCAGCAGCCGGAGGUGAUGCCAAGAGGGCUUAUAUAUUUGCCGGGGGAGGGGUAUCAACACUGUCCAUGAUACUUUCUGUCUCCAGAGGGACAUUGGGAGUUCGGUCUUUUUUAGGAUUCCCAUCAGAAAUGGUGUACUAUGGUUCAGCAAUGUGGGAGACAUUGUACGGCAUGAUGCUGGCCUUCCCCUUGGUCUGCUGGAUUUUCAUACCGGUAUAUUACCGGCUAAGCACGAACUCCGUGUAUGAGUAUCUUCAGAUGAGAUUCGGUUCGAUUUGGGUGCGACGGUUGGCGGCGGCUACGUUCCUCCUCCGCCAGACCCUGAACCUUGCAGUGACGGUGUAUACUCCCACUGUGGCUCUGCACGCUGUACUUGCGCUGCCACAUUGGGCAUCAGCCGCGGCGCUAACAGUUGUAGCCAUCGUUUUCAAUCUACUGGGUGGUCUGGCAGCAGCUAUAAGAGCUGACGUGAUCCAAACCCUUGCGAUGGUGAUGGUGAGCGCUGCGUUCAUAAUCCAGGCAACGGUGACAGCUGGUGGACCACAGCAGGUCUUCAGCGAUAAUGUCGAGGGAAAUAGAUUCAAGUUCUUUAACUUCACAUGGGACCCGACAGUUAGAGUGGAUACGAUGUCAGCGUUAGUCGGCCAGCUGUUCAUGUCAGUUUCAAUUUACGGCUGUCAGCAGACUUUCGUCCAGCGCUACUGUUCCAUGUCCAGCGAAACCAGGGUCAAGAGGACCUUGUUGGCGAACGUCCCAGCCGUUUUUGUCUUAUUCAGCUUAUCCUGGGUCGUUGGUAUGGCUCUUUAUGCUGUAUACAGAUAUUGUGAUCCUUUGAUGUCUGGAAGGAUUGUUGCUCCUGAUGAGGUCUUACCGUUUUACGUUCAAGAUCAGUUCUCGUUUCUGCCUGGAAUGCUUGGAUUGUUUUUGGGCAGUCUAUUUAAUGGAGCUUUAAGUUUUCUGGUGUCAAAUGUGAAUUCUAUAUCUACCGUCACAUGGGAAGACUUCGUGUCUCAGGCCCCCGCAUUUAAAGGAAUCAACGACAAGCAACAGUUAACCGUCAUCAAAAUUAUAGGAAUUGUUUAUUCGAUAGCAAUAAUGUGCCUCUCCCUCUGCGUGGGGAUGGUGGGGGGAGUGAUAGAAGGUUCUCUGCUCGUGACCUCCGCGACGUCCGGCGCCUUGCUCGGCGUGUUCCUGCUGGCCGCCAUAUUCCCGAUGGCCAACGGCAAGGGCGCGCUGUGCGGGAUGCUGUCGUCGCACUUCAUCACGGCGUGGAUGGCGACGGGCAGGCUGCUGUAUGUUAACGACAGUGUGGCUAUGUUGCCCUUAUCUGUUGAGAAUUGUCCUAAUGCAACGCUUAGCGUCUUAAGUCCGAAGGCUCUACCAGUAGUUGUGAACCAAACAUUAGCUCAGCUCGCUCCAGUGCUACAAGUUUUAGACAGCACUCACGUACCUUACAAACCAAAGGAAUCAAUUGUAUUCACAGCAUUAAUGAAGAUGUAUUCAGUAUCCUACAUGUGGUACGCAGUGAUUGGUACAGUAACAUGUGUCACCGUCGGAGUAAUCAUCGGCCUCAUAACUGGUACAGAAAAAGACGCAUUUGACGAGCUACUUUUACAUCCGUUAGUGGCGAAAAUCGGUCGAAAGAUGCCUGGCCGAAAGCGAAUAUUUAAAACGCAGGUAGAAGAAAAAGUUUCAGAGGAAAAGGAACAGUCUGACAAAACUGACGAAACGGUGGUCGAAGAUAAACAGCCAGCCGUAUUUUUAACUAAUGGGAGUAGAUUGUUUGAAACGUAUGAGAGAAAAACUUUCCCUGUCAGGACAAGACUUUGAUUGCAUUUGAUUGUAUUAAGUAUUAUAGCAAGAGUAUGAUACCAAUACUGAAGAUUUCUCUGGCUUUAUGAAAAAAAAAGUCUCAGGAACUUUGUGAGAAUCGCAAAUGCUUUAGAAAGAUUCGUAUCGUCGUAAAAGUAGAUAGUUUUUAGUAAAUUGAAAUAAACUAGGGGCUAUGAAACUUAAAGGAAAUAUAAUUAAACUUUUAUCAUAGAAAUUAAUAUUUAGUUUUGGAAUUAAAAAUGUGCCUUGUAAGUUUUUUUAGCGAAUCGUUACGUCGGUGAAAACGUCUCGUGUUGAAAACGCGAAGUAUUUAUUUAGAUAUAUAAGUAGGCAAAAAUUAAUAAAGGGCCCAGCCUUCUAAUAGCCUAAAUCAGGGGCUUAUCGUUAGAGUAGUUAAACCACCUUAUGCCCCUGAUUUGUUAUUGUUGUGAUAAUAGAAUAGAUUGUUGUAAGUGUAAUAUGUAUAUAUAUGUAUAUAUGUAGAUUAACGUAACCCGAAUUUAAGUGCCUCGAACUAUGUGUUAUUUAAAUAUGAAUGGGAGGUAUAUGCCUUUUAAUUAUUAUUAUUAUUAAUAACUAAUUAUUUUAUCUUAAUAUUAAUUAUACUAAGUUUUAUUUUAAGAAAAUAUUAUGAUUCAUAUAUAUUAAGUUAUUGAUAAAAAUAUAUGUUUUAGAUUUUAUAUAAAACUUGCAAAAACCGUCAGACUAUGCACUGGGGGUCAAUCCUACUAACUUAUAAAGGUUUUUGAUACGUUACCGAUCCAACUUCGACAAUACGAAUAUAAAAUAAUCGUAACUGAGGGUCAAUUCUACUUAUUUAUAUAUGUUUUGAUACGAUCAUUAUUUUUCUAUCCAACUUGAACUGAACUGCAACUAGAUAACAGUUAGUUGAAUAGGACAAUGGCUGAAAAAUUAUACACAUAUACAAAUACAAAAAAGCUAUGUCAAUCAAAUACAAUUAAUAUUAUACGUACAUAUAUAUCUCGCCUGAAAUUCAACAAUUACUAGCUCGACGCAUUUUUAUCAUCUAUAUAAUCUUGUGUUGAGUACUGAGUUUUUUUUUUAAACUACAGGCACAAAGGUUAUAACAUCUCAGCUCCCAAGGUUGGUGGCGCAUUGGCGAUGUAAGGUUUGGUUAAUAUUUCAUACAGCGCUAAUGUCUGUGGGCGGUGAUGACCACUUACCAUCAGGUGGAUCAUUUGUUCGUCCCGAGCUAUAUCAUAGAAAAAAAAAACAAACGGCUGAAUGGUAAUCGAAUCGGAAUAUCAUCAACGAUUCUAUCACGAUGAAGUGUUAAUAUUUUAGUAGAAUUGACUGGUUGUCUGUAUAAUUAUGCCAAUAACUGUUAUAGUGUAUUGUUGGUUGGCUGGUGUAGAUGUUGUUCGGCUGCAGUGUAUAGUGGGUAGUGUAAUAAUCCACUUAAAAUAUAAAUAUUGUGAUGUCAUAUGGUGUAAAAGCCUACAAAUAUUAAAUAGAUACUUACAGAUACCUUGGAUAUCUGAACGCAUCAUCCAUAAGUGCAAAACUUUGGGUGUGUUGAGAGUAAAACUUCAAUAUCGAUACUGAGUGCAACGUUUGCAUGUAAUGUUUGUUAGAAAUGUUUCUGACGCAUAAGUAUUACAUUAUUUUCUAAAUAUAAGUUACCUUUGUGUAGUCUGAGCGUGUGAUAAUAAUAUUUUAAACAAUGUACUUAUGUGAUAGUACGCAGUAUUAGAAAACGAAUGAGAAUUGUGAAUAUUUUUGUAGAAAUUGUAUUUAUAUUUUGUACAUGAAUGUUUAAUCACCAAUUUCUGAAAAACUGUUUAAAGUCAGAUUUAUUAAUAAAAUACUGGACGCUUAUUGGUCGCCUAUCACGUCAUUGUCAGUCAAUUGACCAAUGACAUUAAAUAUUUAAAUCAAAUUCAUUAUUCACACUUUGGCAUGUAUUUCAGAAACUGGAGGUAAUGAUCGUAAUACAUGAUAUACAAAUCAA